GGCAGGACAGUCAGCUUGAUUGAUUUUGUCCGUGUUUCAUUGUAGAAAACCGGCUGGCUGCGCUGUAUACUUUUCUGUAUACGUUCGUUGCACCGUCUGCAUUGCGCCUGCCUGAACUCUAUAUGCACUUGUAAAAUAAAUUAUCCCAGAUCUAGCUAGAUUUCAGUUCGAUCUGUACUCCUACGGCAACAUGACGUCUUAUGUGGAUGAAAGGGUAACCGAUGAAGUGGAAGCCUUGGUGGCAAUUUUAAUGGACGAUGUCACCAUAAGGAGAGUCGGUAAUGUGCCCACUGUUAUUGAAACUGUCGUCAAUCCGUUGACUGGGGAAGAUAUUGAUCAGCAAUAUGUAUGCGUGACAUUAGAGGUUCGAUUGACCCCGAACUAUCCAGAUGCAAGUCCUGAUAUAGUCCUUAGGAAUCCUAGAGGAUUAGACGACGAAAUUAUAGCCAGCAUUCACUCACAAAUCAAGAUUAAAUUAGCAGAUUGCCUGGGUCAGCCUGUUGUCUUCGAACUUAUUGAUCUUAUACGCGAGAAUCUGACAGCGUGCAAUCUGCCGAGCGGUCAAUGCGUGAUCUGCCUGUUCGGCUUCGCGGAAGGGGACGUCUUUAUCAAGACGCAAUGCUACCAUCACUUCCACAGCCAUUGCCUCGCCAACCACCUCAUCCUUGGCAAGAAGUACUAUCAAGAAGAGAUGGACAAGCUCCCCAACUGGCAGCAAGUACAGGCGCCACCAUACCAGCCAUUCUGCCCGGUGUGCCGCUGCGUGGUGACCACUGACGUGGAGUCGCUGAAGAAGGCGCCCCCGCCGGUCAAGUCUAUCAACGCUCCGCCAUUCCGCGUCACUCCUGAGAUGCUGGCUAUGCAGAGGAAGAUGUCGCUUUUGUUGGCUCGUCAAAUGGCCAGGGGAGGUGUGGUUGGCUCCGGUAACUUGGGACCGCGUCCGCUCACCAUCACCACGGCUGCCGAUGCGGUUGCCAAUAACGGACCAUCUCAAGCUGCGCAAGAAACUGCUAAGUCCGAGGCCGCCAACGAUCAGCCCGGCAACGCUUCUAACGAUUGCAACGAGCCCGGCUCGCCACAGCGCCAGGCUUAUCGCGGCCCGUACAGGGGCUUCAAUCGUCGCGGCAAGCCUGGGCGUCGUGGGCGCGGCGCGGUGGGUCCGCGGUGACACGAUCCACCGGAGCCUCCCCUUUCCGCCGCCUAGCCGCCCCCGCACCACCGACGACCCGGAACACCCAAACUGAACCCUAACCUUACCGGAAUAACGCUCAAUUUAACAAAACUUAACAUUCUCUCUUAUACCGCGAACGUUUCUCUUUAUUUCUAUAUCUGUCUCGAUUCAUUUCGAAAUUACGAAAGCAUUUGUCAAAGGAAACUGAACUGUAUUCUUGAAGGUUUAAGGAGCGUUUUUGUUCGUGGUUUGACAGGAACGUCAGUCGGAGUAUGUGGCUCUGUGUUGCCAUACCGCAUUGACAACGGACGUGGUUGCCGAUUUAAAAUUGUGCCAUUACAGAUGGAUACAGGGUCCUAUUGCAACCGAUUCGCCGACUUUAGUCGGUGUACAUCGAUUAUUACGAGACUGAUGAUUUACCAUACUUCACUUAUCAAAUGUAAAAAUAAUUAAAUUUCUUCCAAUCGAUCAUAUCGUUUGUCCAUACUGUUCGGAUAAUUCCUAUUUUUGUCCAACGAAUUAUAAUAUGUUUUUAAAGACGUUAUCAUAAGUUAUAUGGUGCACUCGGUUGUGACACGUCUCAUUAUUAUUUUGAAUAAAAACAUUGUACAAACUACAAAAAACAGGGCAAAAUAAAAUAGUUUACAUAAUUAUUUUUUUAUUUUUUUACAAAAAAAAUGUAAAAAUAGGUUAUCUGAAAUGUAUUAGGCGAAUUAUGCACAAUAAUUUAUAAGUACUUUCUUGUCCCAAAUUAAUCCUAUUUACACUAAUAAUCUCAUUUUCGAACGCUACAAUUUAUAGAGUUCGUCAAUUUAAAAAAAAAUAAAAAAAUGAAAAAAAAAAAGAUUAGCUUAUAUAUUUUCAAUUUCUUUAAUGAUAACUGAAAUAGGAAAUCUUCAGUCUUGUAAUUAUUUCUUCAAAAUAUCAACCAAUUAAAAUCUUUUGCAUUUAACAAUAUUUUUCGGUUAUGGCAACACACAUACUUCGGCGGUUCGACGGAAUUAAUGCGAAUUGGUAUUACAUGAAAAUUUUGAUGUUAUUAAAAACAUUUAUGAUCCAAACUUCUAAACAGAUCCGUGAACAAAUUCUAUCCGGAAUAAAUUACAACAAAAAAAAACUAAUUUCUUUCAUAAAUAUACUAAAAUUGGUAAUUUUUGUUUAGAAGUUUGGACACCAUGUAUGUGGUUGUCUAUUGCCGAAGCAUUCAAACAAAAACAUAUAUCUCUUAUUUCUGAAAAACUAACAUAAAAUUGUGUUUGUUUCGGGAAUGGAAAAUCACGAAAAUUUUUCUUUGUCACAUAGGACUUGUAGUAAAUACGUAAACGUGUUAGAGCGUCACAAAAAUAUUUAAUCGUCGUUCAAUGUUUUUAAUAGGUUAAGGCACUUUCUGUGAAGCAGCCUAGUCAACCCCCUAGUGUCCCCCAUAUUACCAUAAUAUAUGUGUCAUAAACUUAUAUAAAAACGGCUAAACACUCACGUAUAUACGUCCGCUGGCGGCACCGACU